AAGUCCCUCGGCACCACGAAUCGGUAAACAAAACAAAUCCCUUUUCUUUUUCUUUUUCUUUAUCUAUCGACCCUGAGUCCUCUUCGCCCAUUGGUUCAUCUCGUCCAGCGGACUCACUCAACGGAUAUGACGCCGCUCUUUGUUCUUCUUACAAUAAUAGAUUGCUGAGGGCUGCUGCCUCAGCAAUGGUCCCUGGAUCGAUUGAGUAUAUCGAGACUGUCAAGGAGAUCCGGCUCGACCAUCUGGACGCUGCGCAAAAGCACAUCACCAACCCAGACAUCCUUAAGCAAGUACAGGGCGACGUCAACCAAGACUGCGAUCGUCUGCAGUCGUUCUUGGAGGCAGCUCAGAUCAUCGAGGAGAUUUCACCAAGGUCAAAGGACAUUAUCAUGGCAGUUGGUGAAAAGCUCUCGUGCAGAAUCGUCGCUGGUCUGCUGGAGGACCGCGGCGUACCCACGGAAUUCGUGAAUCUGGAGAAUGUUAUCGACGCAGUCUUUGAUGUUAAUUGUCUGGAUCAGAACUUUUACGACUAUCUGUCGCGUGCAUUUGCGGCUGCAGUAUCCAAGUGCGGCGAUCGUGUUCCAGUCGUCACCGGUUUCUUUGGCUCAGUACCUGGUAGUCUGUUGACGAGCAUUGGUCGCGGUUACACGGAUUUGGCGGCUGCUCUGAUUGCAGUCGGUCUUGACGCUGAAGAACUUCAGGUCUGGAAGGAGGUCGACGGUAUCUUCACAGCAGACCCUCGAAAGGUCAAGGACGCUCGAAUGCUCAACAUCAUCACCCCGGAAGAGGCCUCAGAAUUGACGUAUUACGGCUCCGAGGUCAUCCACCCCUUCACGAUGGAACAGGUCAUUCGUGCACAGAUCCCUAUCCGUAUCAAGAACGUGAUGAACCCACGCGGCGCGGGCACCAUCAUCUUCCCGGACCAGCCCUCGGGCAUAUGCUCCCCCAACGGCAGGAAUACGCCUCCACCAUCGUCCAAGGUCCUGUUAGAGAACGGUUAUCAAUUAGAUCUGUCACGGCGGCAUCCCACGGCUGUGACGAUCAAGGACAAUGUAUGGGUCCUCAACAUCCAUUCAAAUCGCAAGUCGGUCUCGCACGGCUUCUUUGCUCAGAUCUUCAGUACGCUCGACAGGUUCGGUAUCGCUGUCGAUCUGAUUUCGACGUCGGAGGUCCACAUCUCGAUGGCGCUGGGCGCUAACGUGAUCGAGGCCGAGAUGGAGAAGGCAAUGGAGGCACUGCGGUCGCUGGGCGCGGUCAGUGUGAUGAAGGAAAUGGCGAUUCUGUCACUGGUCGGCAAGCAGAUGAAGAACAUGGUCGGUAUCUCGGGCCAGAUGUUCACGACGCUCGCCAACGCCGGCAUCAACAUUGAGAUGAUCUCACAGGGUGCCUCCGAGAUCAAUAUCUCGUGUGUGAUCCUGGAACGGCAGGCCAUCCAGGCCCUGAACGUGAUCCAUGCUGAGCUGUUGAGCAACGUCGGCAAAUACUCCGAGGUCCCAGAAGAGGCUGUGGCGAUCUAGAGAGGACGACAUUGUCUGCGGGUUUUUCUAGACGACAUCGUCUUUUUUCUCUCUCCUUCUAUAUAUCUAUCAGUC